AUGGAGGUGCCAGAACUCACUCGCCCUGCCUCGCCUGCCCGGGACCAGCCAGCUCCUGCCCCUGGACACCCAGGAGCCUCAGGUGGGCAGGUCUCACCUCACCUGACCCUGGGCCCCGUCAUUCUGUCACCGGAGCAGGGUCUGGCCCCCACCGUGUUCCUGAAGGCCCUGCCCAUCCCGCUGUACCACACGGGGCCCCCGGGGGGCCUCCAGCCACGUGCCCCCCUGGUGACGGGCAGCCUGGAUGGGGGCGGCGGACCCUUUAUCCUCAGCCCCCUGCUGCAGCCCGAAGGCCCCGGCCCCACCCAGGCGGGGAAGCCGGCGGCCCCGACCCUCACCGUGAACAUUGUGGGCACGCUGCCCGUCCUGUCGCCGGGCCUGGGGCCCACGCUGGGCAGCCCGGGGAAGGUACGGAACGCCGGCAAGUACCUCUGCCCACACUGUGGCCGCGACUGCCUGAAGCCCAGUGUUCUGGAGAAGCACAUCCGGUCCCACACGGGCGAGAGGCCCUUCCCGUGUGCCACCUGCGGCAUCGCCUUUAAGACCCAGAGCAACCUGUACAAGCACAGGCGCACCCAGACGCACCUCAACCACUCCCGGCUGUCUUCGGAGUCUGAGGGAGGGGGCGGCAGCCUCCCGGAGGAGGGGGACGGGGCCGGAGAGAGCUCCAGGGCAGCGGGCACAGGGGACGGCUGGAGCCAGAGCCGAUCCGGGAGGCCCCUCUCUCCAGGCGCCCAGGGUGCCGGGCGCUGCCCGGUGUCAGCCAUGCACCCGUCUUCUGUCGCUAAGACCCUGGGUCUGAAGUUGGAAGCCGUUCCCCGUCCGGGGUCCGCACCAGCCGACAGAGAGACCCCCGUGGACUCUGCCCACGCGGCCUCCCCCGCGCGUACCCUGGCCGGCGGCACCCAGCUGAGGCGGAAGUCGCCAGAGCAGCUGUCCCCGACCGCCGGCCUGCCGUGCGCCCCGCGGCAGCAGGCGGCGCCGUCCUCGGAGAAAGCCCGGGACGCCAGGGCCUCGGAGGGCCGGCUGAGGAAGUGUGAGAGCACGGACUCGGGCUACCUGUCCCGCUCGGACAGUGCGGAGCAGCCGCCGGCCCCCGGCAGCCCCCUGCGUGGCCUGUCGGAGGGGGAGGCGGCCCCGGGCCCGCGGCUGGAGCGGCAGCUGGAACAGCGCAUCGCCUGGCUCAUCUCUCACAACCAGGCCGUGGUGGACGACUCCCAGCUGGACAACGUGCGGCCCCGUAAGACGGUCCUGUGCAAGCAGGGCAGCAUCGACCUGCCCAUGCCCUACACCUACAAGGACUCCUUCCACUUCGACAUCCGGGCGCUGCCCUCCGGCCGGAGGAAGCCCGCCGCCCUGGGCCCGGCCCGCUCUACCUUCACGCCCCCCGACAAGGGGCGCCCAGUCUUCUUCCAUUCCGUCCCCACCCAGCUCUCCUCCACCGUGGCGUGCGUGCCCAUCACCAGGAGCAACUCGCUGCCCUUCGUCGAGGGCACGGGAACGUGGCAGGAGCCGCCGGACCCGCGGGACGCCGGUCCCCGGAGGCAGAAGCCUCUGAGCCCCAGGCCUGCCCCUGCCCGGCCGGCAGACGUCCCCGGCGGUCACCCCCGGGCCCUGGUCAGACAGGCGGCCGUGGAGGACCUGCCGUGUCCCCUCACCGGAGACGGCCCGGCCCCCACAGAGGACCUGGGUGGAAGCAGAGCAGCUGCGGGGGAGGGGGCGGCCAGAAGGGGCGGAGCAGCCGGGAAGAAGUGCGGCCAGAGGCCGCUGAAGAUGUUCUCCCAGGACAAGUGGCAGGUGUAUGGGAAAGAGACAUUCAAGAGAAUCUACCAGAAAAUGAAAACCAGCUACCACGGAGGCAAGAAGGCACGGGAGGGGACGGUGGGGAGUAGGACAGAGCUAGGUCGUCCUCUUCAGGAAGAGGUAGCAGGGGACGAGGGCACAGCCCCAUCGCAGGGCGGGCAGACCCCUGUCCGUGGAGAUGUGUCUGUGGGGACCCAGCCGGGGCCUUGGGGACGUCCACUGGCCCAGGAGGGCUUCCCAGUGAUGGAUCCAGCCACGGAGGGGGAGACGGGCGUGGGCCUGGCACCAGCAGCCGCGCUGGGAAGGGUUCCUGCACAGCCUCCACCUGCGGCACCCGGCACCUGGCAGUGCCUGGACCAGCCGGGAUCCUCCUCGAAGAUGUCUGCUCCACCGGAGGCCAAGCCUGUGGCUGGGCAGGGCGGCAGGCGCAGAGGGGGUUUCUUACAGAGCCGCGUUCAGCUGAGAGGAGGCGGCCUGCACAGGCCACCCAGGGUGCUGAGGAAAGACCGCCACCUCCCCCCACUCGAGGGGCUGGGCCCACGCAGGACCCCCAGGAAGCCUUCUUCAGAAACGGCAGGUCUAAAUCUGCGAGGGGAGCCAUCUCGCACCGCCUCAGAAUCGCCUGUUUGUUGUGGGCAUGGAGAGGAGGAGGAGGAUGUCUCCAGACCAGCUUCCGGAAGCUUCUCUCCCAACACCAGUUCAAGGGCCGGCAGUGAAAUGGACCAGAUUUCGGCAGCUCCCAGUGGGCGUGGUGACCGCUGCACGCAGAACACUGCCUCCGGGUCGGGACCGUCUGAGCGCUCUGACUCCUGCGUGGCCAUGGCUACUGAUAGCCUUCUGUCUCAAGGCAGAGGUCCUGGCGUGGGAACGCUGGAGACACGCCCUCCGCCCACCCGGGAGCAAGUCUCGGUGGAUCUGAAACCGUCCAUUUUCUCAGAUACUCAAGAGCCUUCUUCCCUUGGGUCCAGAGGGACCCCUCUCCGCCAGGAUGUUGCUCCCUGUGUGGCUGCCAUCUGUGCUCUGGGGGAGAGAGUAGGUCACACAACCCUGGGACUUCACAGCGCGGAGCCACAGGACCACAGAGCGGCAGGGGAGGCUCUGACGCAAAGUUCCCCAGCUAGAAAGGCUAUCGCCGCAGCCGUGUCGCCAUCAGUCUUGCCAGGGAAACCUUCAUGUGGGCAAAGAAGGUCAGGUUUGCUUCUGUUGGGGUCAACUGGAAAGACUCAUCUGGAAAUGCCAGCACCAGGUUCAGCUAGUUCAUACCAAGAGGAAGGAGAACACAAGACAUUUUUUCCCACUGGGGGACAGUAUGGGGGUGGGGAAAUGGUGGUCCCCUGCCCUCCUUUAGGAAAUGAGAGUGGCAAAUGUCAAGUCUCUGGAUUAACUUCCCUAAAGGAUUGUGUGGUUCCUUCUAAGCCAGGGCAGCCCAGAGAAUCCCCUGAAGCCCCUUCGAAAACUGUCAAGAGGAGGGGCCUGGAAGGACUCAGGAAGCAGACACGAGUGGAGGUCAGCGACACCAGCAGUGAUGAUGAGGACCGGUUAGUGAUAGAGAUGUGA